CAAAAAUAGUGUUAAUAUUUGAACGUGAUGAGUCACAGUUACGGAUUGGUAUUGGCAACCUGUUCCAUAACAAACUAUACUGCACUGUAAAAAACUUCCAACGCAAUGGUUUUUGGUGUUUUAAUUUUGUAGACUGGGUUAUAGGUCAUGGCUCGGCAGGAAGUUAGAAAUGAGAGUCCGUAUCUUGCUUUGUAUAGAAGUAUCAGAUUGUUCCUUAGCCGACGAUGCCAUAAAAGUUCUAGGGAGAUGUGCUUACACCUACCUGUGUAGUUGAGAGCGUAGUUACAUCCUAGCAGUCGACGUGUGAAGCGUCUUUGGACAUCUACUCUUAUCUUUUCUGUGGUAUUCAUGUUUGUGAGGAUAGAUGAGCAAUGUUCAAAAGAAGGUAGUAUACAUAUUUUGUAAAGAGUAAGCUUAGCCUCUAUUGUGAAGAAAUUUCUCAUUAUGAAACCAAUUAACCAUCUAGAUUUAUAAAUAAUAAAUGGGGCAUGUUCUUUAAAGUUCAGGCUUCCUGUGUAAUUAAUUCCUAGAUCGUGUACUGAUUUAAGUGUUUGAACUCUACUUUUAUUUAAGUAACGUUGUAAAUCCUAUGGAUGUUUUCCAAAAUGCGUGACUUUACAUUUGUUGAGGUUAAAAAUCACCCGGAAUUCGUACGACGGACUACAGUAUAAAGUCAUGCAUGGAAGACGGCUGACAGAUGUAUGCCAUGUGAGGGCCGAAGUCAUACAAAGCCACUUACUAUCUACUUCUUUUUUCUCUGGUGGUUUGCUGGAUUAUGAAAACCACCACAGUUCACGGGAGGAACGGAAUACAAUUGACAGGUUGGAUGCAACUGGAGGACUUGAACUUCGCAGAUUAUCUGACCGUUCUAUAACACAUUAAAGCAAGACAAAAUCAUGCGUUAGAUAUAUCUGUAGUGGGAUUGGGCCCUAACCACACAAUCCUCAAAUCUGAACACGAGACAACUGGGAAAAUAGAUGUUCAAUACUUAACGCGUAGAAAAACCAAACGAUGGAGAAUGAGUAAGCAACAAAUGUUGUUUUUCAUAGCAAACGUUCCCAGGGAACAGGGAAUGCAUUUCAACCAGUUCACAUGGUAGCAACGGAAGUCAGUAAUCACAAGCGGCAUGCACUGAGAGGUAAUGGUAAAUAAUACAGAAAUGAAAAGGCCACUUGUGGACUUGUUGGAUCUGCAUUCGCCUCUCAGGACGUAGUAGAUAAGAAGUUCAUGAGAAGUUGAUGGCACAAUUUAAUUGCAGCCCAUUAAUCUCAGACAUAAAACAAUACUUGAAAUGCAACUUCUUUGAGAUAGCCGCAAAGGUCUUGGUCAGAUUCUUUGUAUUGUUUACCAGGACGUAUAAGUUGAAAUAUGCUGUAGUUUUUACCAAUGGACUUUCUACACCUGUUUUGAAUCUGGUGGUACCAUGUAAUCCAGAGCUAGGAUCAGAUUAGUACGCAUGUCUGUUCUACAAGACUUAUACCCUGAGUAUAUUACUGAAUGAUCGUGAUGUUACUGCCUUAUUUAUAAAGUCUUACACCUCGUUGUCUAUUCUGAUUUGUCUUUCGUGGCAGUCAGCCGCAAUGUCCAUGAGAAUCAUUGAAUAGCACAUUCAGGCUGGUGAUAGGAAAAUAUAUUAAUUAUGAAGGUGAAAGAGGUGUUUAAAGUAAACACACUAAGCCAUGAAGUCUCGAUGAUGUUCUGUAAUUGGCUUUUGUCAACCUUCAUGAUCAGUUGCCAAGAAUUCAACACACAUGGGUUCCACUUCCAUAAUGAUUUGUUAGGAUAGUUCAGUGUUAUCCUAUUGUUACUACAGUACUACGGUAAGCUUAUCUAAAUGCUUCUCAAGAUGCUCUAUAUUAACAAAAAAUCAAUAUUGUGUUACUUUUCAGUUUUAAGGACGGAGAUAACGACCGUGAAGUUGGAUAUCAGUGAGUGAUAACCAGCAAUUCAACGAAGGUGUUGACGGGAUUACUGUUUAUUAGUUCUGCUCGAAAUCUAUGUCUACUCUGCAGGUAGUUAUCAACUCUUCCAAUAACCACACUAAUAAAAUACGAGAUACAGGAUCAGUGGUUGUGACUGAGGAAGUUGGUCUUCACUUGCUCAUUAACCUUAGACCUAGUCCGUCAUCCGGCCCGUAUGGGUUACAUUCAUGAUUGCUGUCAUAACUCAAGGACAGUAUUUCAGAACCACUCAAGAUACUAUUCAAUACGCGACUUUCUCAAACACAGCUUCUUAGGGAUUGGAAGGAUCCAAUUAUUAGCUUUAAAUUUAAGCAUGUAAAGAGAGAUCCUUCAUAACUACCUAUUGGUCUUACUAGCAUACUGGUUCGAAUAUUUGACAAAAAUAAUUCGGACUAUGUUACCUUGCUGUAUGGAAUCGUAAAAUCCGUUAACUCCUGGGAUAUCCGAAUUAUGGAAGUAAAUUUUUAUGACUUACUAGCUGCGACAAAGGAUCGUUAUUGAAACUGAAGGUUCGACUUUGACUAAAGGGCAGAACUUGGUGACCUUGUCGGGACAUUUGUCAACACUAUAAUUUAAUGUAGCUUUAAAAAUAUCAUGUCUUCUCUACAUAUGUAUUAGGUGUUUUUCCUAUAAGGUGAUGUUUUUGUCUUGUUUGUUUACAUUAACCCCAUUUUCAUUUGUUUGAUUGCAACUAAAUUGUAUAGGUCUUUUGCCUGAACACAAUGAAUUAUCAUAAGUACUUUGGUCAUCUAUGUUUUCGAAAUUCUGGCUUUAAACCCAAAUCCUUAUUUGGAAGACGUUACCUCACUAAAGGAGCUGUGACACGUUGGUAUAAUAGACUUUAUUUAUCCUUAUUAACAGGAAACUUGAAUACUUCUGACUCCCAAAAAAGUGAAGGGAAUAUUUCAAACACAGAUAUGUCCGAGAGCCCCUCAGAUCAUGUACAUCCCGAAAGCGGUGAGAGAGGAGGACCUCGUGGCCCAGAACCAACGCGAUAUGGGGAUUGGGAACGUAAAGGACGUUGUAUCGACUUCUAAUUAUAAUGAACAAUAUCCGGACUAGUUUUCGCAGUAACUUUGUGCAUGAUGUUAAUUUUAGUCGAAUAAAUGAUUGUUGAAAACUUUUCACUUUUCUGUUUUUCUUAUACCGAUAUCCAUUCGUAAUAUUUUGACGAUUUUAGGUUGAAUAAUGAUCAGAUGGCUUCAGAACAGAGAACUAACUUCAAUUCACAGUGUUCUAUCUAUGGAUCUCAGUUGUGUGCUGAAACCUUAUCACUUACGACAGAUAUUGCCUCCAGACGCAUCAGAUGAUAUAUUUCUUGGUUUUUCAGCAGACGGUUGCUUCUUGAUUUCAUACAAAAAUGAUUUCAAACACCAUGUAAUUAGGUUUUGGCUCUUUCCACCACGUUCUGCCGGAAAUCUUGGCCCGAAGCUUGCUCUGUAUAGUGAGAGAAAAUUCUUAAGAGCAAGUUACUGCCCAGACCUUCAUAACGUUCCGUGUGUUAGGUUUGUACAGUCCCUUGCGGUUUCCAACUCCUUUUUACUUCUUGCAUGCAACAAUGACGGCAGUGGGUUUGUUGCUGCAUUUGGUCUUAUGCCAGAUAUAGAUUGUGAUAUCUGUUCCGAGGCAUCAUCUGCUCACGAUCGCUUAUCUAAUAAAUCCACUUGCAGUAUUCAUUCGCACGUGCUACCUCUUAAUCUCGAUAUAUCUUUUGCUCAAGAAUCCCCCAUCCCAAUAAGAAGUAACAGAAAUUCUUUGAAAUUUCAGAAGACUUCAUAUCGGUGCACUUCUCAUUUCGUACCUCCAUGUUUAAGUUCAUUUGACGAGAAUUCUUGUUCCAAUAACGCAGAUCUUUGUGGCGGCUCGUGUUUCACUUCGACUGGUUUGCCGAUUGGAAGGAUUCAUGUUGGUGUUUCUCCGAAUACUGGACAUUUACGAAUUGCGUGGGCUAAUCCAGAUGCACAAGUUAAAAUCAUGUCCUGUUCUUUUAAACCUUCUACAAAUUCCGGUGAUUUUUCCUUUUGCACAUUACCCAAGGGCACGUCCACAUCAAUCGGAAAUUACCCUGAAUCAUUGAUUUAUAAACCUCCUCUUAUCACACAUAAUUAUUGUUCAACGUGCUAUUCGUGGCCGGAUGAGAACGAACUGUGUCAAGAAAAACAUAACUCCUCAGUAAUAUCUAGAUUAAAUUCUUCGAAAUGCAUUUUUUCCCAAGAUUCACUGAAUGUUUAUUUGGUUAGUGAUGCUUCAGCAUGGCCGGAUAAUCACUCAAAUCUACUUCCGGAUGGUGCUGAAAGGAUAUACCACAACUGUUCAGGAGAAAAAUAUUCACACGAUAUUCAUUCAUCAAAGCUUUAUGUAAAAAGUAGGAUACUUCCAGACACUUGGGUCCCGUCACUGUUAUCCAGACGUUCAUGUUUCUUUUCAUGUAUUCUGCUGACAUAUCUUGCAAUGUUGCAAGAUAUUCGAGCUUCUUAUUUGCAUUGGACAUUAGUAUCACGUAAUAAUAGUAAGAUGAACUGUUUAAUUAAUUCCUCAGAUUUAAUGUAUCCUAUUUAUCAAAAUGAUCCUGUAGGUGAUUAUGAUAGUGAUUUGAAUGGAAAUAAUUCUUCCAUAUCUUCAUCACAUGGUAGUUCAGAUGAUGAUGAAACUGCAGCCAUGGUAACUAGUCCAGAUAGUUUAGAUUCAAAUUCAUCUCCUGAAGAUUUAUUAGUUCAUCGACUUUCUGGUCAGUGUCACACUUCAUUUGAUCUUACAGAAUGGGAAGAGUAUAUAGCACCUAAUGUACAAACUGUUAUCAGUGAUGUGAAUUCAAAUUUUAGCAGAAUAAGUGAAAAAACACAACGUCGUGUAUUUGCGCAUUUGGAAGAGGUUGUAUUCGAUAUUCCACUUAAUAGGAUGCUUCAUGAAAAAAAAUGUACACAUAACAGUUCUUCUCCAAUACUUGCUCCUUUCUUCCCUCCUGACGAACCUGAUUUACUACUUGUUUACUAUAUCAAAAAUAAUCUUGGUUCGAAUUUAUACGAAACAUCUGAAGAGUUUAAUGCAGUAAAUCUUAUUGAAAUUAUAGAUGUAACUACUGGAUAUCGAAUUCCCAUACCAUCGAUAAAUCAAUCAUCCUGUGAGCAUACAUGUUCAACUGGAUUUAGUUCUUCUGUUCUUAAUAAGCUUACAUCUUGUUGUCCUCAAAACUACAAAGUUUCAUCAUCUCAUUACAGAAAAAAAUUGAUUCAUGAACUAAAUAAUUGUCUUAUGGCUGGGCGAUUAGAAAGUCUGAAAUUGUUAGUCGAUCCGCAAGGUGGCUAUUCUGUAUAUUGGUAGAUUGUACAGAAUUUUUUGUUACAAACUCUCUAACUAGAUCAAUGUAUCAUCUGUUUUCUUUUUUCUUUACACUUUUUACUACAAAAUAAAAUAGAAUUCUGCUACUUGGAGUUUUAUUUCGUUUGUUCAUUGUAUGUUUGUGUUUACAUGUAUAAGUGUAUUUUUAUGCACAAUGUUAGUUUCUUAGAUGAAAAAAAAUCAGUUCCUAAUGUUAGCCAUGUUUUCUGGUCGUAUAUGAUGCUUCUCUCAGCUCAGCUUUAAUUAUUAGAAUUUUCCAUUUAUCUUAGUCAAUAUUUUGAGUAAAACUGGGACGAAAUAUCUGGGUUAUAUGAAUAUUCCGUGCUAUCCUGGUCUUACGCUCCUACUUUGUGGUAUGCUGAGGGGUCUAAUUAGUUCAUGGAAGAUGAGUCAUUCUCAAAGCUGUACAUUUCUAAUAUAUGCCACUCUUGAUUUUUAGUUCAAUUUUGGUGCCAUUAGUGAAAAAAGGGAUCAAUAGCAGAAUUUCAGUCUAAUCAAAUGGUAAUAUAGAUGUGUAGCGAUAUAUAUAUAAUAUCUAAACUUAAAAAUAAUUACCACUUACCUAAGGUUUACACAAUAAUCACAAAGAAAUCUCAUGCACUGUUACACUGCUUAGUAGUUAACCAUAUAUACUAUAAAUAAAAUCAACGUAAACCUCUUUUCAUGAUCUAUAUUUAACAGCUUUAUAAUAAAAUGAAAUUUAAGCACUAAACAGUGUGAGCCGAUCGAAACUGCUAAACAUAUAAAACGCGUUGUAUUGCUGUAUUUGUGGCCCCACUUCUCACCAAUCUAGUGUCCAUUUCAAUAUUUAUAAUAGUUCCUAGGUUGGUCUAUUCUCUACCUUAUAAAUCAGCAUGAGUUAUACUAAUAAUACCAUGUCUUCAGUAUUUCUGAUACAUUCUGUUACACGUCUCUGCAAAACUUCUAUCUCUUCGAGUCCUUGAAAUUAUUCAAACCUCUUUAGGAUACUAGUAGUCUAAUAUAAAUGUAUGCUAUAAUACCUGUACAGAGUCUGUUCGACCUGUUCAGUUCUCAAAAGAAUUAUUCACUUUUAUAUUCGUUUAUCGUCUAUCAUAAAUGAGUUACUCUUAAACCGAACAGAUAUAUUAUAUCUGCGGAAAGCACAAACAUAAGUUAGCAUUCUAAAUCUUGUGAAGUUUGUGGUAAAUUUAUUGAUCAUUCGUUUCAGUGAGAUAAAAAUUCCACUUUGAGCAUAAUAAGGGUUGAUUUAGUGAAAAUAGUAUCUAGCCCUUCAUUAAUCUACACGAACACCCAAGUUUUACAAUAAUUAAUAAAAUAAAUAUCACUCAAAGUGUGCUAGUGGUGAGUUUACUAACCAUCAAAAUAAAUUUCAUCUCAAGAAUUAGGGUGAAAAAACAACCUGGUAGAGUACAAAUGUUUUAUGAUGUAAAUUGGUCCUUUUUCAGUAGAUUGAUCACAAAAUACAUAGAAUCCAACAGUAGUAUUCAGUGGUUAAAUAUUAACAGUAAGCCAAAGAGACAAAAGUUCUGGCAGAAAUAGGGAAAACAGAUCAUUUUUGCAUCGUCCCAGUCCAUUGGAUAUAGUUGUUAAAUCAAAAAGUCAUGGUAUGUUGUUGGCCAAAACAAUGAGAUUCUGCACCUAUGUUUGGGUAAAACAUCACUUUAUCAAGUUGAAUACCAACAACUCUGUGGUUAGUAAAUGUUUCAGGAAACUACAACAAGCUGACUUGUGCGAUAAGCAAGUCUUAAGUGCUUCCUGUAAGUUCUUUCGAUAUUCAGUUUUAUUGAGUGGAUAUCAGGAAAAAAUACCCUAAUAUCCUUUGUUCAGUCAUAGUGUAGGCCUUUCCAGUAUCCGGAAAUGGAUUUGCCAAAUUGUGUUCAUUGCACCUGGUCUUGCAAGUAUAUUUAAGCUUGAAAGUGAACAUUGGGAAGGAGAAUAAAAAAUACAGGGUUAUUUUCAUAAGUGCUUAUACGAUUUCUCUAAUGAUAUCGCAGUAGUUUUGUAAACACUUGUCACAUUAGGCUAUAUAUAUUAACAUAUUUUGGAUUUAAGGCAUAUAUAUCCGUGUAGAGCUAUGAUAAAGGGACAGUUAGUAAGAUAAUCCACCUGAUUUCUGGUUGUUCUAUUUAAUUUCUUUCUCCUGUCAUCAGGUUUAUUGUGUUUUAGAUAAUUAUGAUUAAUAUUUAGCGACUAUCUGGAUGUUAUAGAUCAUCCGGUUAUUCCAACGUUUCAUUCAUCCAGAGUAAUUACUAAUUAACAUCUUGUUUGGACCAAGGAAAUACUAAUUCAUUCAGCAAAUCUCGUAACAUCAAUCACGUUCUCCUUAAUAUAUAUUUAUAUGGUGCACAGUGUCAUUAUCAAUUCAUAGUCACUAUAUUACUGAGGAACAAGGGACCUUCAAGUAUAAUCAUAAUCAAAUGUCAUGAACCUUGUUUCGACUUUAACUUGAAUUAUCAAUAAAUUAACGAUUUAUAUGUGGCCACUUUUUUGUAAUUGAAAGGUAAACUAUGUACUUCCAUUUUUAAUCGUGAUAUCAAUCACUUGAUCUGUAAUGCCAUUCCAUUCAAUACAGAGUGCAUCUGUCACCUAACUGAAUUUAUUCAAGGAAUGGUUUCCACAAGGAUAACUUAUUGUUUAGUCAAGUAAACGAGUACUUUUUGAAAAGUUUUCUGUACUAUGAUGAAAAAACGUUCAUUUUCUUAUUAUCUAUUAAGCACGUUAUCUUGAUACCUAUACAUUGAGCAUUAAACAGUCAUAUGAUUACAAAAAUCAUAAAAACUACCACUGCUAAUAAUGAUACUAUGAAUUAUAAAAUUGUCCAGGUCAUACUUGUUCAAAUUUUCGAUUUUAUCAAGAUCUGUAUUUUUUUUGCUUUCCACUUGUAGGUUUCAUUGGGGAGACACGCAUUUAAUCAGUCCCUUUCAUUGAAUGGUUAUUCAUUAUGAAUGAAAUUAAUUUUUUUGAUCCGUUGGAAGACAUUUUUCUGUUUUCAUGUAGGUAAUGAUACAUUACCAUUAUAUUGUGUCUGUUGUCUUGAUUAUGGUUUUCUACCUACUAUAUUAUUACAUAGUCUUCCUGUGAAGGUGCAACGUUUGAUUGUAAAUCGUUUAGCUCACACAAACCUACCACAAUUCAUUCUAGCAACUCAUAAAGGAGGUCAUUGGUCGUUGGUCCAAUUACAUUAUAUCAGUCAUAAUAUUAAUGACAAUAAUAAUAAUAAUAAUAAUAAUAAUAAUAAUAAUAAUAAUAAUAAUAAUAAUAAUAAUAAUUCACAAACAAUUCCGUCAAAUUCUACUCCAUCUCUGAAUGAAUCUCAUAUGGCUAAUUGUUUGGAUAGUUUGAACCAGCUAAAGGAUGUUGAUUCAGAAUCACCUGUGUACACAAAUUGUGUAUCAUCAAUUGAAUUCAACCUAGAUCCAUAUACUACUGCGUAUUUUUCCGAUUCUUAUGUGAAAUUCAUGUUGACAACCAAAACAUCAGACAAAAAUUGGCACUGUCCAUUUUGUAAAGCCAGCUACAGUCUUAUUAGCAGUGAUCGAGUGAAUAUUUUAGAACGACAUUUACGCUUACAUGCGGAAAUUCGUUGUUGUGUAGAUUGUGUAACCAUAUUACCGAAUAACACAUAUUCACUUAAUUGUAAAUCAGCAUGUAUACAUGAUUGUGAUGAAUUAGUUAGUUCUCAAAUCAAAGACGAUUAUCAACAAUAUCAAUAUACUAACAGCAAUUCCACGGACUUGCCUCACAAGACAGUGAAUUUACCUGCACCUGAUGAUUGUAAUGAUCAACCAGAAAAUAAUGAUGUAUUUCCCACAUUUCACCGUGAUAAUAGUCAAAUUCAACUUCGAAAAUGUGAUGUACCUCUGAACUCGAUUGCUAAAACUUCGUGUAUAUAUUUUAGUGCCGGGAAUUGGCGACGAAUUUGUACAAAGUGUAAAGUCGGCUUCAAAACACCGGCACACUAUCAACAACAUUUAAAAAAUGUUCAUCGAGGUAAAAAGUUUCUUUGUCAAGAUUGUGGUGUUUUUUUCAGUACGAAAGGGAAUCUAACGACACAUUUUAACCAAAUUCAUAAUCAAAAUACCAGUUUACCGUGCCCUAUCUGUGAGAAAUAUCUUAGUAAUAGGUUUAAUUUAGAUCGGCAUAUACGUUCAGUUCAUUCAGAUUAUGAGAUGUCCUCAAAUUCAUCUUUAAAAGUAAAUAGUGUUCCAGUCUCUAAUACUAAUGAAGGUGCACAUUUAACUAACUCUAGUACUGUUGAAAAUCCGAAUGAACCUCCGCGUGGAUAUUAUCUUUAUUUAUCUGAUUCUGAUUGUCAACAAUCAGUCAGCACAAAUUCACCAACAUCAUAUAUAAAUUCAAGUGGAAAUACACAAUCUGUAUUGCAAUUAAUUUCUCCGACAGUCGAUUCAAAAUCUGUCUCAUUAGUAGCAGAUAUUAGCCUAACACCAUGUGGUCCAUCAAAUCCAGAUGUCCAACUUGGCGUUGGCGGUAAAUUGUGGAAACAAAAUAUAAAUAUUGUACAGUCUCCAAAAUCUACUAUUUCUAAAAGUUUCCAUCUAUGUUAGAUAACAUUAUUUGAUGGUUGCCGUUUUUGCCUUUUCGUUGUUGUUAGACUUUUAAAUCUAUACUUUCUUUUUGUUCUAAAAAGGAAAUAUUAAAGUACUCUACGACACUUAUUUAUACGUAAAUCAAACCCGUCUAAUUAUCACUGUACAAAGUAAGGAAACGUAACUAGCUUUUACUUGAAACAUUGACAGUUAAUAAGUAUUUCUACAAUGUAAAAUCCACUUGUAUUAUGUAACUGAAGAUUUUCAUUAUAAAAAAAAUUACAGUUGAUUGAUUGGGAAUUGGAUUUAUUUGUAAUCCGUAGUAAAAGAAUCAGGUUACUUACAGGGAUAUUCGUUUCUAUCAUAUCAGUUUCCAUUUUACUAAUUAUUAUUUAAGCAUUA